CUGCAGUCUAAACAAAUUAGGGUUUUGUUUUCGUCCAAGCCCGAGCGUUCUGCUUUUCCAUUGGUUCCUUGUUGUAACUUGCCACUCUCUGUGGUGAAGUGCCGACUUCAUAUCCUCUCGUCCCUGAGGAAAGAUUUGUUUAAGAACAGUCUGUCUAAGCCAACAGGAGUCAUCUGCAGUAACACCAGACAGGCAGCUCUGGACAUCACUUCAUACAGACUUAUUUCAUGUGGGAGGAACCCACAGUUUUAGAGCAAAGUUUAAUCGGCUGUUUGCAUGAUGUGUAUUGGAUGACCCUCAGACUGCUCUCCUGCUAGGAGGAAUCCAACUUCUGUGGAUCUCUGUGUGUGUGUGUGUGUGGUGGGGGUGUGUGUAUGUGUGUGUUAGUUUUGCUCCAGCGUGACCCCCGGUGAAUGCGCACUCAGAAGUGCACUAGUUGUUCUGGGGUGAGUUGUGGGGCGUCAGAUUGGCUGGCGCAGGGCCACAGCAGAGGAGCACACUUUGCUUUUUUGCUCCAAUGGAGGGCCACGGUUAUGAGCGCUACACCGAUGGGGAACGUGACAGCUAUCAAAUCGACUACCGCCGCAUUGUAGGAGACACAGAGCCGGCCAGGCCAUGGCUCUCCCCACGAGAUCCAGAGCAUCACUUCCACGGGCCAUUUGGACACAACACACCACAUGGACACGGGCACGGGCAUGAAACAGCAGCACAACGCUACAGCGCCACCCGCAUCCAGGCUGGAUAUGAGCCAGAAAGUAUGGCUGAUUACCUGAUCAGUGGAGGGACCGGCUAUGUACCAGAAGAUGGACUCACUGCCCAGCAGCUCUUUGCUAUAGGAGACGGCCUCACGUACAAUGAUUUUCUCAUCCUGCCUGGUUUCAUCGACUUCACCUCAGAUGAAGUGGAUCUGACCUCGGCUCUGACCCGGAAGAUAACCCUGAAGACACCACUCAUUUCAUCUCCCAUGGACACUGUGACCGAGUCGUCCAUGGCCAUCGCUAUGGCUCUCAUGGGUGGAAUUGGCAUCAUCCAUCACAACUGCACACCGGAGUUCCAAGCAAAUGAAGUUCGGAAAGUAAAGAAAUUCGAGCAGGGCUUCAUCACAGAUCCAGUAGUGAUGAGCCCUCGGCACACGGUGGGCGAUGUGUUCGAGGCUAAGGUACGGCACGGCUUCUCCGGCAUCCCCGUAACCGAAACUGGUAAAAUGGGCAGCAAGCUGGUGGGCAUCGUCACGUCACGAGACAUCGAUUUCCUGUCAGAGAAAGACUAUGACAGACCACUGGAGGAGGCGAUGACGAAGCGUGAUGAUUUAGUGGUGGCGCCAGCAGGAGUUACUCUAAAAGAGGCUAACGACAUACUGCAGCGCAGCAAGAAAGGUAAACUGCCCAUUGUGAAUGACAGUGAUGAACUGGUGGCCAUAAUCGCCCGCACUGAUCUGAAGAAGAACAGAGAGUACCCUCUGGCCUCUAAAGACUCACGUAAACAGCUGCUCUGUGGCGCCGCCAUCGGCACGCGUGAGGACGACAAAUACCGACUGGACCUGCUCAUGCAGGCCGGAGUGGACGUGGUAGUGCUAGACUCCUCUCAGGGAAACUCUGUGUUUCAGAUCAGCAUGAUCAACUACAUUAAACAGAAGUACCCUGAGCUACAGGUGGUAGGAGGAAAUGUUGUGACAGCUGCACAGGCGAAGAAUCUGAUCGAUGCAGGGGUUGAUGCUCUCAGAGUGGGCAUGGGCUGUGGAUCCAUCUGCAUCACUCAGGAAGUGAUGGCAUGUGGAAGACCCCAAGGCACCUCUGUGUAUAAGGUAGCGGAGUACGCCCGUCGUUUCGGAGUGCCAGUAAUCGCAGACGGUGGUAUUCAGACAGUUGGACACGUAGUGAAGGCUCUUGCUUUGGGAGCGUCCACAGUUAUGAUGGGCUCCUUGCUUGCGGCAACCACAGAAGCUCCUGGUGAGUAUUUUUUCUCAGAUGGUGUAAGACUGAAGAAGUACCGUGGCAUGGGCUCUUUGGAUGCCAUGGAGAAAAACAGCGGCAGCCAAAAACGCUAUUUCAGUGAGGGUGAUAAGGUGAAGGUAGCUCAGGGAGUAUCCGGCUCAGUCCAGGAUAAAGGCUCUAUCCAUAAGUUUGUGCCAUACCUCAUUGCUGGAAUCCAACAUGGCUGCCAGGAUAUUGGUGCAAAGAGUCUGUCCAUUCUACGUUCUAUGAUGUACUCUGGAGAGCUGAAGUUCGAGAAGAGGACCAUGUCUGCUCAGGUGGAGGGCGGCGUCCAUGGCCUGCACUCUGCCCCUUUCGCAAUGCUGCCGUGUUCAGUGACUGCUCCAGCAGGUGUCAGGCAGAGCCUCACAGAGCACUCAGGACACACAGUUACGAGAAGCGGUUAUACUGAGGAUGGCGGCAGAGGCCAUACGACCCUAGCUGUGACCAAACACAACUGAUUCAUCCGAUCUCUCCUACAUUCCUCCUCUCCUCUCUUCUUCCUCCUGGUCAUCCUCCUCUGAAGAAACAAUGGUGUGUUUUUCCCAACCAGGUGUGUUCAGCAGCAGAUGUGCAGGUAUCCUGCACUCUACCUUUGUAACACAGACAUGGACAUUGCUGUGCGCUGUUGUGUGAUGACAACUGGCUUUUUUGUUAUUAUCUUUUUGUUUCCAUUUUCUCCUCAUAUGACAAUCCUCUUAUGUUUUACGUAUCUUCGUCCUCACAGGAUAGUAUAACUCUCACUGCUUUUUCAACUCAUGCUCAAUGAAACCAAAAUGUCUUCUCCGUGGGCCUGCAAGCAAUAAGCUUUAAUACUGUGCACCCGGGCUGGUGUUUUGGUCACUAUAUGGCUACUGGGUGUAAAAAUCAGAACGGCGUAUGGAAGAUAAUGAAGUUUAUCUAUGAAGUUUUCGUACACAUUUCACAGACUUAAUUCAAUUUGCUUUUUAGGUUCUCCAGUUUAGCAGGCUUCUAUAAUGGAACCAGGAGCUAAGGGAUAGCCUUAAGAUAAAAAUCAGAGAUCCUUUCCACCUGCACGCCUUACAAACGAAAGCAAAGUGUAGAAAUACCAUGCUACCCCAGAGAUGCUCUAUGAGUGGGAUUUAUUUUAGCAUUUUCCUAUCUACUGCACAUACUUUCUUGCCCAAACGAGAUAUCUAUAACACCUUUUAUGGAUCCAACAACACAAUAAUGAUUUUCAAGCCAAUUUACUAAGUGGUUGCAAUUAUGGUAGCGCUGCUUUGUAUUGGAAACCCUUAAGCGUUAAACUUUCCGUCGUGGGUGACUUCAAUCCGACUAGAGCAACAUUUGUCAUCUGUGUGUUGAAGUUUGUGACAUAAUGCUAUAUCACUGCACAGUUUCCAUUUCCUGGAAGAGUCACAGCUCCUUUGGGGUUUGGAUAAUAAUGUAAGAAAAAUGUUAGUCGUGUACACUAUACAAGUGUAAUACCAAACGUGAUUGUGUAUGCUAUACAGUGACUAUUAGACUUAAUUCAUUCCCAGGAACAAUUGAUAAUGUCUGAAGGUGUCAUCUCUGUUUGUGUGGAUGUGUGUUGUCUUUUUUGCUUGAGUCAUUGUUUGAAUUUAGAGUGUAUAAAAUAGGUUUACUUUACAACAGGUUUUUCUUAUUUCGUCUGCGAUUGCUGGCAAGUCAGGCAGUUCCCUAAAUUUGUACAGAGUCUUUUGGACAAAAGAAACUGCUCAAAGAAAUCUAUUUUAUUAUAGUCCUUUAUUAUGUUCAAUGUUACUAUCUUAUUUUUGACAAUAUUCUGUAAAGCGGCUGUGAGGAUCUCACGUAGAACGAACAGGUGACUACAGGACCACGGUUCAUCAGACACAGAAUGACGUCAGAGCAUCUCAAACAAUUUAAUCUCUGUGCUUAUAGCUAUUUCAAGCACAAUCAGAGCUAAAAAAAAAAAUGGUGCAGUUUUGGGGUGUUUGACCUCAAGGCAGAGUUAUUGAUUACUGACAUUGAAAGGCUUUUGCUGCUCAUGUAUUACUGUUGUACAGGAUACCGCCCAAAGCUGAGCACUCAGCCAUGAUGUGCAAAAGGGUCACAUUAAUAAAGAUGGUUAUGAUCCGA